AUGGAGUCGAUAGCGAGGAUCUCGACACUGCUCGAGAAUGCCCGGGAACUCACCCUCGACGCUGCCUCGGCUGCUCGGAGCUCACGCAGCACAUCCCGACCGCUCGACCGCAAUCAAGUCAAGAAGUUGUUGGAUAGCCGCAAUGAUCGAGAGGUCCUCGACGGGUUGCGGCGCGUCAUCUCAAUGAUGUACCGCAACCAAAAAACACUACCCCUAUUCUCCUCCGUCGUGAAGAACGUUGCGUCACCGAACCUCGAGAUCAAAAAACUCGUUUACAUCUACCUCAUCCACCAUGCCGAAGAGGAACCCGACCUUGCCCUCUUGUCCAUCAACACUAUUCAAAAGUCCCUGUCUGACACGAACCCCCAAGUACGGGCGCUAGCCCUGCGGACUAUGUCCGGUAUCCGAGUUCCUGUCAUCAGUCAAAUCGUAUCUCUCGCGAUCCGAAAGGGGGCUGGCGAUAUGAGCCCCUACGUUCGACGGGCCGCAGCCCUGGCUAUCCCGAAGUGCUACCGACUCGAUCCCUCGCAGCGACCGCAACUACUCGAGUAUCUAGCGACCCUACUUGGAGACAAACAGUACUACGUGGCGGGCGCAGCGGUGACGGCAUUUAUGACUAUUUGCCCGGACAGAAUCGACAUGAUACACAAGCACUACCGAAGUCUAGUCAAGAUGGUGGUGGACAUGGACGAGUGGAGUCAGUUGACGACCUUGCGUCUGAUGUCCAUCUACGCACGGAAAUGUUUUCCACGGAGGACAAGACUGACGGGAAGCAAAGAGAAAACGAACAGUCUUCAAGACUUUUAUGGCGAGGGGACCGGGGACGGUUCUGGAGGCGGGGAGCCAGUGGUUGUCCUGGACCCCGACUUGGAACUGCUUCUCAAUAGCAUCAAGCCUCUUCUACAAUCACGCAACUCAGGCGUCGUUGUGGCGGUUGCAAAAUGCUACUCCACUAUCGGGACACCAGCCUACAUGAAAACAGCAAUCGGCCCCCUGAUUGCUCUUCUCCGUGGCGCCCAAGAUAUUCAACAAGUGGCUCUGUUCAACAUUGUCUCCAUUUGCUUGACUUGCCCAGCGGACUUUGUUAAAUACGCUACCCACUUUCUCGUCCGUGCAACCGACUCGCAACCAGUCUGGGAGCUCAAACUGGAGAUGCUCACGCUCAUCUUCCCUCACGCCCCAACCCAUAUCAAGAGCCUUAUUCUCAACGAAUUGGAACACUUCAGUCGGGGUUCAGAUAAGACACUAGUGCGUGAGGCUGUUAGAUCGAUUGGACGUUGCGCACAAACAGACAGUGAUACCGCCCCAAGAUGCCUACGUCUCCUACUUGGCCAGAUCACGAGCCUGGACGGUACCCUAGCGGCCGAGAGUUUGACCGUCAUCCGCCAUCUUAUCCAACAAGAUCCGACCGCACACGUUGCUACCGUUGUUCGGCUUGCCAAGAAUCUCGACUCGGCCACGGACCCCCAAGCACGCGCCACUAUUAUCUGGCUUGUUGGGGAGUUCUCAGGUCUCAAUGGAGAGGACAACAUCGCCGCUGAUGUCCUUCGCAUUCUUAUCAAGGACUUCGCCUCUGAAUCUGAGCUCGCCAAACGCCAGAUCGUCCUUCUCGGUGCCAAGGUUUACUUACACUACCUCAACCGGCAAAUCGAGGAAUCUCAAUCGCAAUCUGAGCAUCAGCCUGAAUCCCAAACUGAACUCCUAUCCGAGGGACAGGAACCCUUCCAAUCACCCACCACUGCCCGCGGCCCCAAGCUUCUCGAAGAAGAUGACCACCCGCUCGCCAAACUCUGGCGAUACCUCCUGCUCCUCGUACGAUACGAUACAUCCUACGACCUCCGCGACCGUACCCGCCUGUACAAAUCCCUACUAUCAGUGCCCCAACUCGCCACGCUAAUGCUCCUCGCCCCGAAGCCGGCUCCACAAGCUCCCAGCCCAUCCGAAACAAGAAAGGGAUACACCCUAGGUUCUGCAGCGCUGGUGCUCGCUGGAGGUGGCGGCUUGCACGGACUGCGAGGGUAUGAGGACUUGCCAGGAUGGGUAGAGGAUGGGAAGGAACCGGAUCCGAGCCUGAGAGAUGUGGAGGGGGCUGGGCCAGCAGAGAGGUAUGGUGAAAAGAGGGUGGUGCCUGCCGCGGAGGCGUUGGAUGCUGCUGCGGCCGCUUCGAGGUCUGGGUCUGGCGCUAGGUCGUCACCUGCUACGGUUGGAGGUGGGAUAGGAACCCGGCAUGCAAAUGGGUUGGGAGAGAAGACGUUGGAUGAUUGGUUAGCGGAAGAGGAGGCGGAGAGUGAGGAAGAGGAAGAUGAGGAGGAGGAAGAGGAUGACGAAGAGGAGGAAGAGGAGGAAUCUGGGGAAGAGGAAGAAGAAGAAAGUGAAGAAGAAGAAGAAGAUGAUGAUGGUGAUGAUGACGACGAUGAUGAGGAAGAAGAGAGCGAUGAGGAGUCGGAAGAGGAUGCCAGGCUUAUGCGUCCUUCAUGA